AAACACAAACAGAUAAUGUCGAAACAAUGGUACAGAUGAUCAACCAACCUUUGUUUUUUGAUUUAGAAAAAUAUCAUGAUAUGUUAAAAGAUAUUAUCAACAAAAAAGUAAAAAGCGAAACGGGUGAAUUCAUACAGGAAUAUAAAAAUGAUUUACGAAAAUUAGAUUGUGCAUUUUUCAAAUUGAAGCCUAAACAUAUCUUCUUUUCCCCUUUUAAAAAACUUAAAAUGAUUACAUUGGAUAAAUUUGGUAUCUUAGAGAAAGUCAUAGAUACG